GAUGUAUUAAAUCAAUCAUCGACAUCUCCAGCAUCAUUUAAGAAUUCAUUUUCACAUGUUUCGUCACGUGAUACAACAUCGCAUGAAGCAUUAACUGCUAUUGUUAUUAGUCAAAGUGAACGAUUUCGUAUUCGUAAUGUUGAAUUAGAGAACGAAAAUGUUUCAUUGAAACAACAAACGAAUAUAUUUCAAAAUGAAAUGGAUAAACUUCGAUCGGACAAUAUAAAACUAUAUGAAAAAAUUAAAUUCGUUCAGAAUUAUCCUACAACCCGCGGAACAGAUGAUCCUAUUGAUCAGUAUUCACGUGGUUAUGAUGCAUCAUUGGAUCCAUUUACUAAUUUUACGAAACAAGAAAAACAAAAGAAAUAUGAAUCACUUAAAAUUCAUGAAAAAUUUGCUUUAAACUUUGGUAAAUUUAUUCUCUCAUCACAUCAAAGUCGAACAUUUUUUGUCAUUUAUUUUAUUCUCGUUCAUAUUCUUAUCUUUCUUUCUCUUUAUAAAAUGGUUCAUGUUGGUUCAUCCGUACGUGAUAUGUCACAAGUUUGUUUUGAUAAAUUUCGAGAACAUAUGGCAGGUGUACAUGGAGAAAAGAAUUUUCAUUUUGAACAUGGCCAUGCUCAUGCUCCACCAGGUGUCGUUCUAGCUGCAGCACCACCACCUCAUCGAUAG